AUGUCAGCAAUGGCAAUGGCAACGGCAAUGCUUGCGUCUUCUUCAGCUUCAUCGUCACCACCAAUUGCGCUCUCUCUCCCCAACCGCCAUCACCAAUCUUCAAUUUCAUGCAUCCAUCUUCCUUCUCUCUCUCGCUCUUCACCACCAUGGCUCUCCAACACCUUCAAUCCCCUCAGGUCCUUAUUCGGUCACCACGGAAUCAGAAGCUUCGCCAAAUCCAAGACCAGUAACCGAAACGCAGCGUUUCGCGUCUUUUCCUACGCUCCCGCUCCUCUCACUCCUCCCAAUCUCCAAUGGAUCUCUACCAUUUCCUCUGUGUCCGUUCACUUCCUUUACUUCUUCAAUCCGGUUUUGAUACUGACAAAAGGCACUGCCGUGCCGAAAUCGUAUAUUGUUCCAUUGUUUGCGUUGCAAGCACCUGCAGGUGUCGUUUCCUGGAUCAAAGGUAAAUAUGGUGUGUGGACAGCAUUCUUGGCACUUCUGAUUCGUCUAUUCUUCUAUAUUCCUGGCGAACUUGAGUUGCCAUUUCUGGCAUUACUCUUGGUGAUGGUAGCUCCUUAUGAGGCAAUGAAAUUAAGGCACACAAAAGAAGGUGCUGUGAUUUCAUUAUUGAUUGCCGUGUAUUUGGCUUUCCAGCACUUCUCAAGAACAAGCUUACAGCAAUCAUUUGACCAAGGUUCAAUUGUUGCCACCUUAGCUGUCAUUUGUAUCACUGUUGUAUCUUUGUUACUUCUAGUCUGA